GCCUGAUGAGGCUCUUGGCUGCAAGCCACCAGGCUUCCAGGCAAGGCCAGAGCUUCUUCGCCUACUCAGGGUGCAAAUCUGGCUCCCUUUCGAACAAAGCUUCCUGCCACCCUCUGGCCUGAUGUGAACAGUGGGGUAGAGGCUGCGGGCCCUUGUCUGUUCCGACCCAGUGGCCCGGAGAGCCCCCAGGCCAGAAAGUGAAAGUGUUACUCACUCAGUCCUGUCUGACUUGUUGUGACCCCAUGGACUAUAUAGCCCACCAGGCUCCUCAGCCCAUUGAAUUCCCAGGCAGGAAUACUGGAGUGGGCUGCCGACCCAAGGAUCGAACCCCAGUCUUCUGCAUUGCAGGUAGAUUCUUUGCUGUCUGGGCCAGAAGGCAUGGAGAAAGAAAGAUGAGGUGGGCUGAAGAUGGGGUCUCAGCCUGGCCCAGUCAGUGCCGAUGGGGAGGAACCCACCCCAAGGCUUGACGUUGGUGGGGGAGCAGUCACGAUGCACCCUCACCCACCCCACCCCCCCACUCCGCCAAGGCUGACUCUGGAUGUGUGGGGUCUGUCAGCGUCCAGGGCACACCAUACUUCUGUGCUGGAUGUAAUAAACCUGGAGUGCUUUUUUUUUUUUUUGGAGUGCUUGUUUUGACAACCCACUUCAUCCUUGAGGAUUGAGGGGGGACCAGGGCAGGCGGGGGUGGGACCCUCGCCAGACCUGGAGGGAAGAGCAAGGAUUGAAGCAAGGGGAACCCAGCCAGAGGUCCCCACAGGAAUGUUUGAGGACGAGCUGAGAGGCAAGGUGUGAGCCUGUUUGUUCCCCAUUUCCCACAUGCAGGCAGUGGGUCCUGGGAGGGCGGCGCAGGGACAGAGGUUGCUCCAGGAUUCCCUGGGCACCUGUGGGCACUUUUUGUGUCUGUGUUAAUCACUCAGGUUGUGAAGGGGUGAGGCUGUGAGUCUGGGUGUUGAGAGGCGUAGGACCGUCUCUCUCGGUGUUGGUGGUUUGUGACUGUGUUGAGGGAAUAAGGUGUGACAGCUGUCUUUACGUUCCAGGGUGUUUGUAACUGGCAGGGCUUCGGUGUGGAGUGUGGCUGUGUGACCGCAUCUUGGGGUGUCCAGUGCCAUAAGCGGGUUUCUCUGGGUGUUGCUGUUACUAGGGGUGUGACUGGCUAGAUCUUGGGGUAUCUAGGGGAUUACCACUCCUUAUGUCUCAGGCAUAUGGAGUGUGUACCUGUGGGGCCUGUCUUGGACUGUUAGGGGGCAUCUCUGGGUGAUUUGGGGUGUUGCUGGGGGGCUCUGUCAGUGUUAGCGGUUGUGUGCACUGCUCAAGGUGCAAGGUGAGACUGUUUGAUGGCACUAAUGGGUGUGAUGGACUUCCCAGGUGGCUCAGUAAAGAAAUAUAGGAGAUGGGGGUUCGAUCCCUGGGUCUGGAAGAUGCCACGGAGAAAGAAAUGGCAACCCACUCCGGUAUUCUUGCCUGGGAAAUCCCAUGGACAGAGGAGCCUGGCAGGCUGCAGUCCAUGGAGUUGCAAAAGAGUCAGACACAACGUAGUGACUCAGGAACAACAAGGGGUGUGAUGGUCCCUUUCACAGGGGCCUGUGUUUCAGGCUGUUGGAGUCUGUGACUAUGGGGGUCUGGUGUUGGGGGUGACACUGUCUCAGGGUGACGGUGGCUGAUGCCAAGGGUCUGAGGAAUGUGGCUGCUGCUGGGCUGGAAACAGGCCAUGAUGGUGGCGGGGUCUUGGAAUGUUAAGGGAUACAAUUGUGUAUGUUUGGGUGUGAGACCGUGUGUGUGUGUGUGUCCGUGUGCGUGUGCACACGCGCACAUGCCCCUCAGGGAUGUGAUUCUAUUCCUUGGGGCAGGAGGUGAGGACGCAGCUGUGUGCGACUUGGGACCAUGCCCUAAAGCAGGAUCUAGGAGACCGCCUACCGGUCACCACACCUCCUGGUCCCCCUGCCCCGCUUCGGCCUCCUCCCUCUCCCUUCCCUUCCUGGGGGAUGACUGGCUGUACGCCUGGGCUUUAAGCCCCUGUGUAAAUAAUGGGCGGAUCUCCUAGGCCGGCUGGGCCUGAUCCAAGCUGGUCCACCCAAGGCUCUGCCCACCAACACCCACCCAGCAUCCAGGAAGGCUCUGGCAGGGCAAGAGGCUGCCGCUGGCCCCACUCAGGGCUCGCUCUCCCACCUCGCAGCCCUGGUGGGGGUAGCGGCGCCCCCCCUAAGCCGCCCCCGCCUGCCCUGGGCGACACUCACAUUUUCCAGUGUUUAGAUUUUAUCCACUUUAUUAAUGAGGCAGGCAAGAGGCCCACGCCUGGGGGGCGGGGAAGGGGGCUGCUCCCGUCCCACUAGGGGAAGAGGGUCACGGGGCAGGGAGGACAGGCCAACUUCCUGGAGGCCCCCACUUCCUCGGGAGGGGAGCUAAGUGGUCCGGGACCACUCCCAGACCAUUGCCAGGAGUGCGGGGGGGGGGGGGGUGGUCCUUGCCAACCCAAGUCCCCUGAAGGCAUACACCCAGUGGAACUGGCCCCUGGAGGCUGGAGUGGGCAGCGGGAGGAGGCAGGGAGUGGAGGAGCCGCCCCAGGAGGGAGGGAGGGGGAGGGAGCGGCCUGCCGGAGAGCUCGGCAGCAGGCUGGGGUGCAGCGGCGCAGCGGGGCGGCAGGGGCCAAGUGGAAGGCGAUGGGGACCCUGCAUCCGAGGCAGCACCGGCCCCACCCGCAGCACCUGACAUGAGCCCCUGCGGGCCCCUCAACCUGAGCCUGGCGGGCGAGGCGACCACGUGCACGGCACCGGGGUCCCCCAACACGUCCGCCGGACCACCGUUGGGCCUGGCGGGCGCAUCGCCCGCGCUGCCCAUCUUCUCCAUGACGCUGGGCGCUGUGUCCAACGUGCUGGCCCUGGGGCUUCUGGCGCAGGCCGCGGGCCGUCUGCGGCGCCGCCGCUCAGCAGCCACCUUCCUGCUGUUCGUCGCCAGCCUGCUGGCCACCGACCUGGCGGGCCACGUGAUCCCGGGGGCGCUGGUGCUGCGCCUGUACGCGGCGGGGCGCGCGCCUGCCGGCGGCGCCUGCCACUUCCUGGGCGGCUGCAUGGUCUUCUUCGGCCUGUGCCCGCUGCUGCUGGGCUGCGGCAUGGCCGUGGAGCGCUGCGUGGGCGUCACGCGGCCGCUGUUGCACGCAGCCCGCGUCUCGGUGGCCCGUGCGCGGCUGGCUCUGGCAGCGCUGGCCGCCGUGGCCUUGGCCGUGGCGCUGCUGCCGCUGGCGCGCGUAGGCCGCUAUGAGCUGCAGUACCCCGGCACGUGGUGCUUCAUCGGGCUGGGCCCGGCGGGAGGCUGGCGCCAGGCGCUGCUCGCCGGCCUCUUCGCCGGCCUCGGCUUGGCUUCCUUGCUCGCCACGCUCCUGUGCAACACGCUCAGCGGCCUGGCCCUGCUGCGCGCCCGCUGGCGGCGCCGCCGCUCUCGACAGCACUUCCCAGCGGGAGGAGGCCCCGACAGCCGUCGUCACUGGGGAGGGCGCGGACCCCGCUCGGCCUCAGCUUCGUCCGCCUCGUCCGUCGUUUCGGCCUCCGCCGCCCCGGGCGGCUCUCCGGGCCGUGGUUCCUCGCGCAGAGCCCGCGCCCACGACGUGGAGAUGGUGGGCCAGCUCGCAGGCAUCAUGGUGGUGUCGUGUAUCUGCUGGAGUCCCCUGCUGGUGGUGGUGGUGCUGGCCGUCGCAGGCUGGGGCUCCAGCUCCCUGCAGCAGCCGCUGUUUUUGGCCGUGCGCCUCGCCUCGUGGAACCAGAUUCUGGACCCCUGGGUGUACAUCUUGCUGCGCCAGGCAGUGCUUCGCCAACUGCUUCGCCUGCUGCCUUCAAGGGCAGGCGCCAAGGGCAGCCAUGCGGGGCUGGGCCUAACCAGGAGCACUUGGGAGGCCAGCUCGCUGCGCAGUUCUCGGCACAGUGGCCUCAGCUCCUUUUAGGCACGCCUGGCGUCUAAGCCAGACCACUCCGGACCGGCCUCAGGUCCGCAUCGCAGAGCCUUCGGGGAAUGAAA